AUUCAUUUUGCCGACGUAAAGCUGUCCUGGGCGACGUUCCAGAUAUCCCGCAUGACGAACAGCCCGACGAAAUGUGGAGGGUUGAGUCCGUCGCGUAGCCCCCGUCGGGACUUGAGCCCGUCCAAGUUGCAGGCGGCAGGGCUCUCGACAGGCUUUGACGACAUCAAGUCGGCGUGCGGAGAUCAAGUUGACUCACGCAAACGCACGGCUCCAACCACUUGUUUUGGCACGAGCAGCCGGCCUCGAGAUGCUGGCGACGGGUCGCAGUCGCCCGGGCCAGGGGCGUAUCAAGUUCCGACCGCAAUCGGUAAACCAGUGCUGUCAACGAUGAAGGCAGCAGCUGCGUGCUCGAUCAGCGGUCGUGAAAAGUUUGGAUCGACCGCCGACCUCAAAUCCGCGGCAAAUUGUCCGGGUCCAGGCGACUACACUCCCCACAUUGUCAACCCCAACGAGAAAACCGCGCCGCAGUUUUCGCUCGGGAAGAAGUGGUCCAAGAGCGCGGAAGGCACGAAUCGGUCGCCUGGACCGGGGGCGUAUGAGACUCCCGAAUGCCUCUUGAACACAAAAACUGUGCUGUCCACGUCGAAGAGCGCAACCGCCACGAGCUUUUCGAAGGUAAACCGCAAGCCGCUCAUGGAAACGUCGACAGCCGACGUCGGACCAGGGCAAUACAGCACGGGCAAUGUGGCUGUGGGAAAGCAGGUUGUGUCGACGGUCACAAACUCAGCGGCGUACUCGUUUAGCGUUGUCGGUCGCAGCAAGGCGCCGAUCGGCGCCCGAAUGUGUCAUGACGUCGGGCCGGCUCCAAAUGCGUACAAGCAGAAAGCGGCCGUCGGCACCCAGGUCCUGUCAAACCGUAAGAGCGCGCCAAAGUGCUCAAUGUCGGGUCGAACAAAGUUUGGCAGUCAUUUUUAACAGCAGAUAUGUUAACUGACAUUUCGUCAGCUAUGCAUCGUCGUCAUCGUCUGCGCCGUGCUGCAGACGCCACUGCUUCAUGCGCUCAAACUCAUUGUAAUGCUGCUUUCUCUUCUGUGCGAAAGCGUUGUCAGCGCCUCCAGGAGGUGCUGGAUGCUUUCGGCUCGUCGACGACGUGUCCGAGUCGCUGUCCCAUUCGCUCGACUUUGACGCCGAUUGGUGCGCCUCUAACCGCGCGUGCAAUUCGUCCCACUUGAGCUCAAUACCAUUGGAAGCACUGUGAGCUGGUGAUACGGGAGCUUUUGAGGGCAACUCUGACAAUUCACUCGCCGAGUGGGUCGCAUUGUGGAGUUGCAGUGCCACGUCAGUGAUCUCGACAUCAUUCCCCGUGGUUACGUUCAUGUCUUCCUCCCCCGUCGCGUAGUAGUGAUAAGGAGUGUUGGGUUCCUCGAUCUUCAUGCGUGUUCCUCGGUCAAGGUCAUGCAGAGCUAUAGUUUCCUCGUCCCAUUUGAUGCGUGGCCGCGCCGCUUUGGAUGGUGGAGUCGUCAUGGAUAUUGGUUCGUUGCUC